UCUCUCUCUUUACAUUGCUUUUUAAAAUUUAAUUUUCCAGCAACUUCAUUUUUGGCUUGUUAACCCUUUGCCUAUUUUGAUGGAGCUCAGUUUUUCUGUCUCCACAGAUGAUGCCUGGCCUGUUGGACUUUUCCAGCAUUCUCUUUGAUUUCAGAUUUACUUUCAACCCAGGCACAUUGUAGCUCACAGAUCUGGUCCAAUUUUCAUUCUGAGAGAUUUUUUCCCUUUUCUGUGUUCUCUCCACUUGCACCUUCUUGAGACAGGUUCAUUGCCGUCAGCAAGACUUCUCCCUCUCAAGCAACAGUAAUCUGUGUCAUCCAUUUUCUCUUGGUCUGCACCCUAAUCCUUUGUUUUCUCCAUAAUUUCCCCUUCUCUGCACCUCAAGACAUGCCUUUUAAUUGUUUGAAGUUCUGAUAAUAGACAAUCAACCUGUAACACUCACACACUCUCUCUCUCUCUCACACUCUCUCUCUCACUCUCGCUGUCUUCUCUCCAUAGACACUGUCCAAUCUAAUGAUUAUUCCAGCAUUUCUGAUUUCAUUUCCCACUGAAGUAUUGUAGGGAAAAAUUCCUGGCAAUUCUAAUAAUUGGCCCAAUAACAAUAAAGAGCAGGUAUGGAGAAAGAGAUUGGAGGAUCAAAACCGAAUGCUGGAAUAUUACAAAAACAUACUGUGACCUUUCAAAUGAAACAGAUGAUUACAAAGAACAUUAUUAUGCCAGGGUAAGGUCUGUUUCAGAAGCUGGCUUUUCAAAUUGGAUCAGAAGUGGAAGAUUCAAUCCGGAAAUGGAAACAAACUUCACUUCCCCAAAAGUAAAACUGGAAGCUGGGGUUUGUUCCAUCUCAAUCACAUUGACACCCCCCAAAAAAUGGCAAGAUGUUCACUCUAUUCCACUCACUCAGAUUUUCCAUGAUUUAAAAUUUGAAGUGCUUGUUAUCGACAAUAAGACCAAUAAGUUGAGUACUUUCUUCGAAAACGAUAGGAUUAAGACAGUAGAUGGAUUGGAACAUGACACUACAUAUUGUGUAAUUGCCUGGUCAGUGGAACAUCCCACCGGUAGAAAAAGUGGUCCUUCUGAAAUUCAAUGUACAACAACACCUAAAGAUCCAUCAAAACAAAUGGUAAAAAUUAUUCUGCUAGGAUGUGUUUUGCCGAUCUUCUUCUUUAUUCUUUUGUUCACUUCGGUGUGCUGUUUUAUGUACAACUACAUAAAUGCCAGUGAUCAGAAGCAACCCAUAAACCUGCUACAACGAGAUUGCCCAUCGACAAAGGCUUUCCUGUUUUUGUUGCCUGAAUCAUUGACCAUUAAUGUUAUGGUUCUGGAAAAUGGUGGCAACAGAGCAUCGCUGCACAAUUGUCGGGAUGCUGAUGACUUCAGAAUUCCUCUAACAAAGCAGUUUAGCAAUGAGUCUGCUAACAAAUGGAAAAUCACUCCCUUGGCAACCGAAGAUGAAAAAGAUGUUUACAGGUCCCAAAUCAUUGGAUCUUCAACAACAGAAAACCAUCCAGGUGGCAAAGAGAGUGUUGUGCCCAUGUCUGAUCAGUCCAAGCAAAGCGGUCUCUCAAAUGAAAAGAAAAUCUCGCAAGGAGACAUUGCAAUGGAGAACAUCAGUUGUUCUCAGCAGCUGCAGAACAUUGAUCGGCUAAGUGAAUCCCUACAAUCAGGGUACAAAUCUCAAAUGCCAUCACCGCUUCUAAUCAACGUGGAGGCUCAGGACCAUGUUGAGUAUGGGUUUCUCACAAUAGAUACACGUCUGAACCCAAAAUAUGAAACAAUCCUCCAUUCACCAAGUGGGGAGGCUGAGAGCCCACAGGAGAUGAAUUACCUGUCACAACCUCUUGUCCAUGACCUGAACAUGAGGACCACAGGGAACGACAUUGACUGGGCUAAAGUUGGAUCUUACAAAGCUCAGCAUGGAAGAACUUGUCUGUCAAAAAUGCCACUGGAUCAAGAACACUGUAACUUGCAGUCGCAGUUUCAACGACAGCCAGCUGGAAAGCCUCCAGUGCAUGUUGGUGAGCAUUGUCCCAUUGUAUUAGAUACAAACAGACUGAAUCAAAAACACCAGAAAGAGGUGGAGGAGCCAGAUUUGACAGCAUUGGACUGGAGCCUCAAUAAUUGCAAACUGACCUUAUCUGCAUUAUGUGUUAGGAGAGACUCGGAGGAAAGUGGUUCCCUGUCAGAAACUAUAGAGCAACAGAGUGAUCUUCUGUCCUCUGUCUGUGCAGAAGCUUUUCCAGAUGUGUCUUUAAAAACUGAAGAAGAAACCUGUUUAUCAAGUUUCCAGGAACACUGGGGACUGUGCAUACAAGUAUAGUUAUGUGUACACAAGAGCCACGAGUAUUUCCUGCAACAUAUGGCAUUGCUCUAUACUUCCUCUAUGUCCUGUUGUUUGUCAUUCACUGCUUUAUCUAACUUCUUUGGCCGAAAGAGUACCCAAGCAGUUUUCUCCUUAGCCUCUUUCUCCCCUUAGGUGAGUCCUGGGACACGUGAGACACCAGGAGUCAGGAACCUGGUGGCUCAUGGGAAAGAGGAUGCAAUGUAAAUUGUCACAACUGCUGGAAAGCAGAGAUGAAGUCUGUAAAUUUGAGCUUUUUUUCCCUAUUACAUUUCAUUCCUGGUGCUUUUAAUGUCAAUGCUAACCCAAACAUAAUGGAAAUGUGUAUAGCCAUUACCUCUCUCCUUGAUACACUGUCCAAGACGGGAGCUUUGAUAUUGGAAUACAUAAGCUGAAUCACCAUCAUCACCAGUAACUAACAUUUUACCCAGACAUAAAUGCAAAGCAACAGAAAGAUAACCACAAUCCAUUAAAAUGGAAAUGUUUAGUUGUCAAUUAGCAGCACUGCCAACAUCAGGCAAAGCCAAAAUGAGAGCCUUGGAGGAAACUCUUCGGCAUAGAAAUAUCAUGAAGUUCACUGGAAGCAGAAUAUGGAAGGAGAUCAGGCAAUACACUCCUUCCAGUGUCAAGUUAUUUUAAAUAGGGCAUGAUCCAUAGAGCAGAAUAAAUGGCUUCAGAAAUAAGAAAGCAUUAAGGUAGUUCCAAUGUAAGAAAACAGGGAAACAGGACAAAAGUAAAAUUGAUGGAAAUGUGCCACUGUAAGAUGCUCUAGAUGCUAGUGCCCCUCCUCCUUUAACUUGAACAACCUCUAAUUAUAAGAUGUUGGAAGGGAGUCGGGUUAAGCUGUAGAGGACUGGAGUUUAACCUUCGUACACUUGCACUGGGGAAACAGCAUCCAAGGAGUUUUUGCUUACUGCCUUUAUGAAGGAGAGAAUAUUUUCCGUUUUCAAUCUUGAAAAUCAAUCAUACAUUAUAAUACGGAGUUAGACCAAUAUGUCACACAAAUGGACAGUGUCAAUAUUAACAAUGCAUCACAUUAAAGCUAUUGAAAAGUAUUUUUAUAUGUGCAGAAUAUUUUAGGUUUUAUAUUUUGUAAGCUGUUUUUGAAAUUGAUUCAAUCGUAAAAACAUUUAUUAAAAAAUGAUGCUACU